GCUGCGCUCAAAUUCCGCAUUAGGGAGCAUUGUAAUCGUCGGACAUUUUUUCACUCCUAGACAAAACGCUUGGUUGUGUUGCUGCUACAAGGAAGCAGAGGAGGAAGAAGAAGGACUGCGUGCGGGUGAUCACGGACUGAGCAUUAAGCAUUUUAAGCAUUAGCGAGCCGUUUUACCAGUAGCCAUACUCGCAAUGGAGCGACCACCUCAAGGUCAAUCGAUCAACGUUCCGGACCGCUCUGUUAGGGUGCCUAGAAUGACUAAGGGGAACUCAGAGUACGGGGCAACCCAGCCGACGACCAAUACCAUGUCAGGCCUUGUGAACGCCGAAGCUGAGAACGACCAGAUUGAGCAGGGUGCGACUACGUACGGCCACGGCAAUUUCCAGCGGCGCAUCUUCUGCUACAACAUCUUGGCCCUGGUGGUGCUGCAAUGUCACAACCAGGUCUUCGCAUUCAUCUCCCCGUCGGUGGGUCACUGGUGCAAACCGUCCAGGCGCUUCGCCAACUUGUCGACGGCGCUCUGGAAGAACGCCGCCAUUCCUGUCGACGGUGAAGGCCAUUACAGCGAGUGCUUAGUCUACGUGAACCCGGGCCACGUCAACGACACUACGGUCAAGCGCUGCGACUCGUGGGAGUACGCAGCGGGGGAAACAGAGCUGUCCGUGCUCUCCUUCUGGAACAUCGUGUGCCACAGGACCUGGCUGUCGAGCUUGGCAGAAGUGGUGUACAGGAGCGGCGCGCUCUUCAUACCCGUGGCCGGCUAUGUCGCCGACAUGUCGGGUCGUCAGCCUGUCAUCAUUACAGCUGCGCUGUCACUUGUUUUGAGCACCAUCGCAGGCUGCUUCACGGAGUCGUUCACGAUCUACUUGGCAACCAGGUUCAUUAACUCGGCGUGCGCCAGCACGGUCCAGAUGUUGACACUCAUCGUGCUGUUUGAGGUCAUACCACUCGAGUUCCGCACCUACUACAUCGGCUUCGCCUGUUCACUCGGUGUCCUUGUGGCCGAACUCUUCUUCCUGCUUCUGAAGUCGUUUUACCACAACAUCGGUUGGUUCUUCGCGCAGAUCAUUGCAUUGACACCAACGGUUCUCCUGCUGUCAGCGCCUUUAGUCAUCUGCGAGUCGCCGAUAUGGCUGAUGUCCAUGGGUCACAUGAAGAAGGCCGAGGCCGUUAUACUCAAGGCAGCCAGAAUCAACGGCGUGGAGCGAGAGAACGCUGAAAACGCACUGAAAGCCAUCAAGAACGAUAUGAGCAGAAGCGACGCCAGCCUGUCUCCGGGUGUAACUCCUUGGGCCAUCUUCACGCCCGGCGUGAUCCGCGUGAGGGCGAUCAGCGUUUUCUUCUCGAACUUCACCAUCAUGUUCGCCUUUUUCAUCAUAACGAGGAGCACCCGCCUGCACGGGGACACGAAUGCCACUCACAUAGCGUCCGUCUUGCUCUUGGCUCCUAGCUUCCUGGCAAUGUACUGCGCCUUGAAUUCGUGUGGCAGGCUGAAGCUAUUGACGGUGUUGCUGGCUCUCCUCGGCGGAUUGUCUACCACCUGCGGCAUCGCCAUCUACGCCCGUCCUGUGGAGGUGUCCUACGUGCUAGUAAUCGUCGCCAGGGCCUCGGUCAGCGUCUUGAUACCGACCAACUACCUAUACAUAAUAGAGCUCUUCCCCACGGCCCUUCGUAGCGCCGUCCUGUGCGGCGCUUACAGCUGUGGCCGAGUGGGAGCGGUUCUAGCAGCCAGUCUGAUGCCCAUAAAGUACGCCGGCAGAGAGGAUGUGUGCUUCGCUUUGGCGGCCGUGGCGGCUUUCGCAAGCCUGGUGGUUGUGAUUCAGCUGCCAGAGACCAGCGUCGGCAUCAAGGCGACCGAAGAAGUGAAGAAGCACAAGGACCUUUUGGAGGUCAUGCAGCGGAGCCUGUCGCCGCUGCGGCCGAAACGUCGUCGAAUGCGUGGCAAAAUACCAGGCUCGAGCAGUAACGAACCGUAGCCGGCGCCCCGCGAUCGCGCUCACGGCAUUGGUUGCAGUGCACUGGACGGCGUGAACUAAGGGAUUUACUGGGACAUUUAUUUGCUCGCGAAACCUUGCUUUAACCCAGAAUAUUAUAGUAACUAUGUGUCGUAAUUAACUUGUCAUGUGUGUGCGUAAACUUUUCAACUGUCAGAAUGUUCUCCGUUCUUGGUAUACUGUACUCCACAUCUGGAACAUUGAAUAGUACGUCGAAUUUAUUCUCGUACUGCGAUUGGGUGUCACAUGGCACCCCGUUAUGCCCGGAUGUCUGUUCUCUGCUCAUUUCCUUCAUAGUGACUGUCGUAUCAUGCAGACAUGUUAGAGAGCUCUGGA